AAAAUUUAUCCUAGGGUAACAGAUUUAAAUUCUUCAGUCAACGCAGACUCACUCACUCACCCCCUUGCACCCAAAUUCAGAAUAUAUUCGCUGAUGGAUCCGCAGUGACCAGUGACAAUCAGAUUAGAGGGAAUAAUUCAGAUAGCUGCAAUCCUCGGAUGCACGAAUUUACCAAUCCAAGUACCAGAAUUAGCUUCCUCGUAGCGCGUUCGCUGACUGCAGUUUGGCAUUAUUUGGCAUGUUAAAGCACAGUGCGAAGUGUCGGUCGUGUGCGUAUUUUUGGACAUCGCGCGUAUUUACGCGUACGUAUUAUGUACGUGAGAAAAAAGUAGUAAGGCUUCAACUCGGAGGGAAGGAAUAGGGUGAUAUUCGACCGUAGUAAAUUUUGUAUCAUUUUUCAUUCCUGCCCUCAUUAUUGCGCGAACGAUUUCGGGGUGAAUGACGGGUCGCAAGUCCCGUAAUGGAUAAUUCUAAUUGGGAUGCAGCCUUAUCAAAGCUUCUCAAUUCACUGGAAGAUAAUAAGACUGAACUCCCAAGUUGCAGCGAGGAGGAGCUUAAUUUUCUCAGUGAAAUAUUAAAGUCGAAGGAGCUUAACGCGUUGGUUAACGUUCACAACAAGAUCAUAAAUAUCUCCAAUGAUGACAAAUUCUUUCCUGUAUUAUCAAACUCCAUGGACGUCAACGUCGACGUUUUGGAUGUACUUGUGCCAAAAACACGUGGAUCCGCAGAUUGCAAGCAACUGUUUCUUUUAUUACAGAACCGUCAUAUGCAGGCUCUGCUAUGCACUCACGACGCAGUUGCGAAAAAGGAAUACUACCCAAAAAUUCCUGAACUACCCCUGGAAGUCGACGAAGACGAUGAAAUCAUAAAAAUUGUGGAGCUUAUCAAGUCCAACGAGCCCUUGUGCGGUCCUGGUGUUGAACCAAUUGUGGGAGCAACGAUAAAGACUUGCGAAGGAACCGACAAGAUAGUCUUCGCGCGAAUUCUUCUAGGUGGCCCGGCAGACAGAUCUGGGGCUAUUCAUGUCGGCGACGAGGUUCUUGAGGUGAACGGUAUCAGCGUUGAAGGAAAGACACCGGCUUGUGUACUGAAAAUUCUCGACGAUUUUGAGGGCACAGUAACAUUCAAACUUAUUCCAGCGAGUAGCAGGUGCGGCGUCAGAGAAAGCAAGGUUCGUGUUCGGGCACAUUUUUCGUAUACUGCCGCGGACGAUCCUUACAUACCUUGCAAAGAAGCAGGAUUAGAUUUUGUCAAAGGGGAUAUACUUCACAUCGUAAGUCAGGAUGAUUCUCACUGGUGGCAGGCGCGACGUGAAGGCGAUCGAAAUAUGAGAGCUGGCCUCAUUCCUAGCCGAGCCCUUCAGGAGCGAAACAUCGUCUUAGAGCGACAGCUCAAGGAAAAGAGCGAUGAAUCUGACCAUAUGAGCCUGUGUUCUGUUCCAGUGGCUUUGCCUGCCCUGUGUCCCCGUCCCCAGACCUCUUCGCUCGUCUUGCCCACAAAGUGCAACUUGCAGGGUCCUAAGACUAAAAAAAUCAUGUAUGACGUGGCAGAGAAUGACGACUUUGACCGCGAGGAGAUACCGACUUACGAGGAGGUUGCCAAACUCUAUCCAAGGCCCGGAUUCUAUAGACCUGUCGUCCUUGUUGGACCUCCUGGGGUCGGCAGAAACGAGCUCAAACGGAGACUGGUCGCCACCAAUCCAGAAAAAUAUAAGACUCCGAUUCCGUAUACUUCAAGAUCGCCAAAACCUGGGGAGGUGAACGGCAAAGACUACUUCUUUGUAUCGCAUGAAAACAUGAAGGCAGACAUAGACUCUGGGAAGUUUAUAGAGUACGGUGAAUACAAAGGAAAUCUUUACGGCACAAGCCGGGAGAGUGUAGAGUCGCUAGUAAACGCCGGGUAUGUCUGUGUGCUUAAUCCGCACUAUCAGGCUUUAAAGAUGCUGCGAAACCCGCAGCUUAAACCGUUUGUCGUAUACGUGAAACCGCCCAGAUUUGAAAUACUGAAGGAAACUAGAAACGAGGCAAGAGCGAGAUCGACAUUCGACGAGAAGAACUCUAGAGGUUUUACGGACGACGAGUUUCACGAGAUGAUACACAGCGGAGAGCGAAUAGAAUUCCAUUACUCCCAUCACUUUGACGAAACGAUUAUCAAUGCCGAUCUGUCGAUGGCUUUUGAAGAGCUAGUCAGCGCCAUUUCGAGACUGGAAACCGUACCCUUGUGGGUUCCAGCUUCCUGGGUUCAGUGAGAAUUAUUGCUCUCAAUAGCCUAUUCUGUGUAAAUUCAAGAGCUUGACACUGAGGGAUAGAAUAAAAAGCUCACGGUGUAGUUAGAAUUAUUUAAAAGCACCAGAAUUUGGUGAUUAUAAAAAAAAAUAUCAGAAUUGCUAGAAUGGAGCAACAGAACGAAUCAAACAACGCCCUACAGAUCGUCUAUAGAAGUUGGGAAGAAUGGUUUUUGUCGGAAAACUUUUACCCUACCUUCGCCGCCUCAGAAUGAACUUUGUCAAUAAGUGAAAACGAGAUAUAAGGUUUUCUGAAAAAAAUCACACUUUGUUUUCGCAAGAGAAUGCUGGCGUUUAAGAUUUUAUUUUAAAAUUUCUUAUUAUUUCAAGUAAUGAGUAACUGUCUGUGUCGAUCACCACUGAUACGAAACGACGUGUUCAAUCUUCUAAAGUAAUAACUUAGAUCGUUAAUUGAAUGAGAACUCAACGCCAACGCAUGAAAUAAAAAGAAAAAUAUUUGAAAAGUCAACAAAGUCUCGAGGAUAUAUCUAUCUAACAUAAUAGUGUUUCUGUUGAGCAUACAGGUAGCAUUUUUUACGAUAACACUAUAGCCGCCCGUAUUAUAGGUAUCGAAAUAUAGAUUUGUUAAAAACUGCUAGAACAUUGCAAUAUUUUUAGAAGAAAAACAAAAAAAAAAAAAAUUGAAAAGAGAAAAAUUAGGAAAAUUAAAUAAAAAAGACAUUGCAAAAGCAAUGUUUAGCUAUAAAACGAAUUAAAAAUGGUAUUAUAAUAUUAAUAUUGUAAUUAAUUUUUAUUUAUAAUUGAAUUAUUAUUAUCAUAUAAAUAAUGAUUAACCCAAUUAUUGUUAACUGUUGCCAAAUAAAUAGACAAAGAAUUAAAGUAAUAAAGUUAUUAUCCAUAUUGAAACAAAAGAAUAAAAAAUCAAAAACAGAAACCAAUAUUGUUGUAUCCCAAGCGACUGUAAGUUAUGUUAUUUUACAGAAUUUGUUAUUAAUGUAUACUAAUCAAUAUACGGUAUCUGUUGAAAUAUUUAAUUAUAA